CUGCAGGGGUUUUGCCGCGAAGUAAAACCUUUCGCUAAGGUUGGGCUGUGAAAGUAUACAGAAGUUCUGUAUGCAUGCAUUCCCUGUAAAAUGUUACGCGUUCGCUGAGAUGGAUUAAAACCUACCAGGGAUCCAGACAACAUCUGCUAACCCUGUCGCAUCCUUAUGGAUCCUGGUGAGAGUGAUCUUGAUUCAAGUUUUCCUCAGACAGAAAACCCCUGCCUCAUAGUAGAGGACUCCCAGCCUGACAGUGUGGCCUUGGAGGACGAUCCUGACACCAGCUACUGUGCCCUGCUCGCCCGUCGCCUCUCUAACCUGCAGCCCACUUCACAAAGCCCAGUGCUGGAGCUGAUUUCUUCCCCUACUAAAAGUUUACAAACUGACAGUCCGAUUGAUAAGAGUGACAAUACAGCCCACCCGGUUUCAGACAAUUUGCAGUCUAACCUGGGUCCAGCAGAUAAAGAGCAUAGUCAAGUUUUUGAAGUUUGCUCUCUUCCUAUUUCAAAAAGAAGUGUUACAGAGCACAUGGAGUCUGAGGCGAACUCCACCACACACUCUACAGAGGCGCAUGAGAUGUCUCAGUUCGGUCUUCUGGAGCUGUCGGAGAGCCAGGGUGUCUUUGAGGAAGAUGAGCAGGAUGGAGCUCCUUCAAGUCAAAAGGACAGCCAGAAGCCAGCCAGCCAAUGUGGAUUGAAGAGUUCAGAAAGGACAUCAUCCAAUCAGGAUGGAAAUUCUGCAGGGUCAGAGGUCAGUUCAAGCUGUCCUUCGAAGCCUCGGGACGGAGAAAGCAGAAAGCUCAGUAUUCAGGCUAUAUUACACUCUCAGUUACCUGACAGUCAAGAAGAUGAAGAAGAUGUGCUUGUUUCCUCUCAGGAUGAUAUGUUUGAAAAGGAGAGAAAUGGCACCAAGGCAGACAGCAGCGUUUCAGAGACCUUCAAAGAACACUUUCCAACAUCCACACCUGCACAUAGUCUUCGCUUGCUUCAUCUGUCUGGACAGGGCACACUUGUACAGGAGAGUCUUUCACAGCAAUCUGUUGACUUUGUUGCUGCCACUCAGGACCAUUUGAGUCAAACACCUUACAUUGUCCCAAAUUCACCCACAGAAAAAGAGCAAAAUGAUAAUGAAGCUGUUGAAUCCCCAAUGGACACAUCAGCCCCCCCUGAUGACCAGCCACAAGGCAGAGAGGAGGAGCCGAUGGACAUGGACCCUUGCCCCAAACCACAACCCGCUGCCUCCACUCCAGUUUCCCAGAAUUCCCCUGUAUUUGUUCUGGAGAAAAGCCUCUCUGUACCCAGCCAGCCUGAAUUCUCACAUGAUGUGUUUAUUUCCACUCCAAGUCUUGAGCCUGGAAACAAUAGUCAAGGGACUGAGAGGAAAUUGUCUCACCAAAACAGCCCAUCAGCAACCGAGUCAGCGUUGCCCAAGCAGAGUGGCCCAGCGGAGCAGCUUAAAGAGUCUUCAAGCAGCUUUGCACAAGCCUCUGAGGGUACCGGGUGCUUUCACUUGGAACUCGACAGUGAAAAAAGCAGUUUUACUCAGAAGACACAGUUGUUCAUUGUGGAGGAGGAUAGCCAAGCCACACAGAUUGAGGAAGAGGAAGGAACUGUUGAUGCUGACAAGAGUAACUCAAGCCUUAAACACCUUUCCCAAACUGCAAGCAAGAAUGGCAUGGACGCUGAUCCCCGUAAAACAUCAAAUUCUCAAAGUCUUUCCAAGGUGCCUGACUCUAAAAGUACAAGUGCUUUACCUGAAAAAACAGAAGACUGUAACCCCUCUCAAAAGCUCUCACAGGCUAUUAAUGUAGGAAACCAGAAUAUAAGUGCUACUCCGUCCCAGCUCUCUGUCGGUGCAGACUGUGUUUCAGACACCCCUAAUUCACAACAUACAAGUAAAACCACAACCGCUGGCUGUUCUCAAAUCUUACCAUCAGCUGAUAGACCUGCAACACCUGUUCCUGUCCCUCAACAGUCCCCGUCUCAGUCAGUCUUGACUGUGUCGUCCCAAAAGAGCACAGAGAAUAAAAACGAACAUGCUAGUCAAAGUAAGAAUCUAAGUCAACCCAUGACACACAGCCACAGUGUUACUACAGACAGUGUUAGAAAUGCUGAAGUUGAGGAGCGAAUGGAUGAAGGUGCGAUCCAGAAUACUGUGAUGGGUGAUGACACUGGAAUCAACCUGGCUUUGUCUCAGAGUGAGGUGCUUUCUCCAAAACCCAUGGAGGGGGAGAAGAAGGAGAUGUCCCAGUGUGUACCCAACAAAGAUCAGCACUCCACCAGCAGAGAGGACUCCUUCAGCGUCAUGGUGCUUGAAGAGAGCCAGAGGGUCUCUCAGGAGAAAGUAAAGGCUGGGAGGUCACAGCCAUUCAUAAGCUCCUCGCAACCUGCGAGAGGCUCCGUGCAGGACAAACGCGAGGCCGCGGCAAAGAUCUCAGGGUCUCAGCCAUUGGGAUCUAAUGAGGUUUCACCUUUACAGCUUGAGAGAACUAAGUUCAUGAGCACAAAGCCCAGUGAUUCAGGACAGCACAAAGUGAACUCUGAUAAUGCCUCCAACAAAAGUCUGAGCGACAGCUCGGGAGAGCUUCCGUUUCAUUUUACAUUGCCCAAAGAGGGUGAGCUGAUCCGCCCGGCAGUGAGUGCAACUCCUCCACAGAUUAGUCAGCUGAAAAAGACACCGAGGCACAGCACUCCUAUUGAGAUGACCUCGUUCUCAGAGCCGUCAGAGGCAGACGUUACCAGGGAGACGACAAUGGCAGCCAGUGAGAUUUCGGUAGAGGAGAGCAGAGAGGUUGAAGAGCCAGCUGCAGUGGAGCAAGAUGGGAAACUGAGUCUCAGGAUGAAACUGGUGACCCCGGUGGAGGAGGGCAGCUCGGGCUCAGAGCAUUUCAGCCUGCAAAAACCACCAUUAACAGAUGAGGAAGGAUCUGUCUCCAAGGCUACCACUGUUGCCAUGGCUGUAACCAGUCCUUCUGUGUUUAGUCGUGUUCGGGAGGCCCACAGGCAGGUCCAGGUAGAGGAUCAUGCAGAGUCCAGUGACCCUCCCCUCAGGCAACCAAGCCAGCUGUUCAGUCCCACCAACACUAAUGACUCAGGACUGUCUCCAAACUGCCCCAAAGAGACAGCGGGCAGCGUAACCUCCGGCCGAGUCACUGAAGCUGUAUCUCUGCAUCCUGGUGGAACGGGAGCAAACUCUGAACCUCUGGUCAGUGGUCUGUCCUCCCCUGCCAGGGAACAAGAGGUCCUCAGCACUUCUGACAAACCUCGAACACCUGUCCGAAAGAGAGCCGUGUCACAGCAAACUAGUGUGGAUAUUAGCUCAACUACAAGCCCACCCAGAAAAAAAGCUGUGUCUCAGCAAACUAGUUUUGAUCUGUCUGGACCACAUAACCUGUCCGGAAGGGGGGAAUCCAGUACGCCCACCAGAACCCAGUCAGGUCCCUCAUUGCGCAGACAUGUUCGCACCAUCCAGGAAGUUCGAACAACGGUCACUCGCACCAUUACAGAUGUCUACUAUGAAGAUGGCAGAGAAGUUGACCGCAAGGUUUCCCAAGAGUCAGAGGAACCCGUGGUGGACCGCUGCGUCAUAGAUAAUGACAUCUCCCCAUCCCGCACAGGAAGCUCAAUGACAUCAGGAGACCUGGCUGAUGUCAGUUCACUCUCCUCAAAGGCCCCAUCACACCACAGCUCCAGUGGGAUAAGCAGCGGGGGCUUGGGCCCCAUCAGAAUGCCAGAUUUCCUCAUGCCCGCCAGCCGAGGGGCCAAAUCUGGCCGGUGGGGCGGGCGGCAGCAGCCGAGGACACACAUUGUGGUGGUGGGGUCAGAGGUGACAGAUGCACGGGGGUCUCGGGUCACCACCCAGCUGAGCCCCCGUGGCCGUGCCCGGCGAGGAAGGCCUCCUUCCCGCGGCCCGCUGUCCAGAGGUGGCAGGACAGGGCAGAGAGGUGGUGCCCAUGGCCAGGGUGCAUCUUCCUCAGAAGAGGAGCCCUUUGCCCAAAGACAUGCCCAAGCGCCGGGCAGCCCAGUAGAGCCCAGUGCUACGAGCCACUCUGAUUCUCUCAACACCACAUCCCCGGACAACAGCACUGGGUCCAGCAGUUUUGUUGGGUUGCGUGUGCUGGCCAAGUGGUCAUCCAACUCUUAUUUCUAUUCUGGGAGUAUCACUCGAGACCUGGGAGAGAACCAUUUCCGCCUUCUAUUCGAUGACAACCAGGAGUGUGAAGUACAAGGAAAGGACAUCUUGCUCUGCGACCCCAUUCCUCUGGAGACGGAGGUCACUGCCUUGACAGAAGAGGAGUACUUCAAUAUCGGUUUAGUGAAAGGUCAUAAGACUCAAGACUCUGAGUUCCUUUACUGUGUGGAGAAAGAUGGUCAGAGUAAGUGGUACAGCAGAACAUCUGUGAUCCUCAGCAUGGAGCAAGGCAGCCGCCUGAGGGAGCAGUAUGGACUGGGCCCCUAUGAACCAUCUACACCCCAAACCAUGGCAUCUGAUAUCAGCCUUGAUAACCUGGUAGAAGGAAAGCGGAGACGCAGAAUGAACUCAAGUGGAGCAGGGACACCUACCCGCAGCUCCAGCCACAGCCCGAGAAACCCAGGGCCUUCUGGGAAACGAAAGCUCAUCAGUGGCACAGAGGACGAAAGGACUCCUGCGAAGAGAGGACGCAGGGGGGGAGGGGCCACAGUGGGGCAGCGUCUUGCUGCUUGUAACACAUCUGGGAGUGGCGUAGACCUGCCCCCUGACCCCAAUGACCUGGUGGCAACACAUGGACCUCUGCCUGAAAACUCCACUCUCUUCAUGGGAUUUGUCUUCAUGCUGACGGCAUCCUCUGAAAACGACAGAGACUCCGACCACCAGACCAGCAAUGAGGAUGAAGACUGUGUGCUGAGAGCCGCAUAUAACAAGCUCUAUACAGUGAGACAGCUGGAGGCGGGAGGAGGAAUGAUCCUGCUCGACUUUAAUGAAGAACAGUGUAAAGCAGCCUAUCAGAGCUUGCUGAUUGCCGACCAGCACUGUCGGACCAGGAAGUACCUGCUGUGUGUGGCAGGUGGAGUUCCCUGUGUGUCUCAGAUGUGGGUGAGGGACUGCUGCCAGGAGAAAAAGCUGCUCAACUACAGGAACUACCUACUUCCUGCUGGUCUGGGGCCAGAGGGAUGCAUUGUGGAGUGGCAUCCUCGUGGGAACCCUUUUAAAGCACUGAAGGUGAUGCUGAUUUCAGAAGAUCGUGUGGAUUUGUGGACCUCUUUGCUUUCCAUGGGUGGUGCAGAAAAAGUUCAUCACCAUAAAGAAAAUGAAGACAUUCCUGACAUUACAAACAUGAAGUUAGACCUGGCAGUGACAGCAACUGCAUGUCCCUCUGAGGAACUGAAACGUGUGGCCCCGGACAUGCCUGUCGUCUCUCUGGAGUGGCUGAUUCAGAGCUUGAUCUGUGGAAAGUGCCUCAGCUAUGACAGCAAUUCUGCAUUCUGUCACAACCCGUCUACGUAAACCACCGUCCUCUGGUGUCUUCUCCCGUGUCUUUUAAAUGUCCUCUGUUUUAGUGCAUGCAUUUUACUGUACAUAGUUUUUAUGACAUAAAGAAAUCGUGAUUGUU